AUGAUUGCAUCAUUGUUUCUUGAUGGGAGGUUGUGUGUCAUUGUUCUUGCAUCAUACCUGCCGGAGGGUGUGGGAGGACCUACGACACACCUGCCGGAGGGUGUGGGCGGACCUACAUCAUACCUGCCGGAGGGUGUGGGAGGACCUACAUCAUACCUGCUGGAGGGUGUGGGAGGACCUACGACACACCUGCCGGAGGGUGUGGGAGGACCUACGACACACCUGCCGGAGGGUGUGGGAGGACCUACACCACACCUGCCGGAGGGUGUGGGAGGACCUACACCAUACCUGCCGGAGGGUGUGGGAGGACCUACACCACACCUGCCGGAGGGUGUGGGAGGACCUACACCACACCUGCCGGAGGGUGUGGGAGGACCUACACCAUACCUGACGUAG